AAUCCCACUAUAUCGGCUCAAUUUCGGUAAAACCCUGUCGCCUCACUUCAGACCGAUGAUCAUAAAUUAAUAAAUAUCCAGAUGUCAUAGAUUCAUCUUAUUUUCAUAGCUGAUAUCCAUAUAAGUCAUUUGUGAUAUAAAGUUGAUCGCAUAGGUCAUGAUUUUUUUUUACUGGUGGUAUUUAAAAAGGUCGGUUGGCUUAAAAUCGCCUGUCGCCAGAUUUAUAUUCCAUCUUUAUAGAGACUUGCUUGAUCUAAACUUUUCUCUUAAAGUUAAAGAUUCAAGUUUAAAAUGAUGAUAAAUAUACGAUGAAAUAAACAAACAAAAAAAUCUUGAAGAGAUAAUUUACUUCACUGAGAUUUUUUCAAAUCAGCGCUGGUCGCCAAAUACCAUGUAAUUUACGUUACCUUCAUAGUUUUAGAUGGGACGGAAAGCAUAUAUCAUGAAAUGCGGCAAAAUUGGCACAGAUCAGUUCCACUCCAGUACUAUUUUUUACUCCCGCAAAUCAUUUUUCUCAUCAAUAUAUUUUUUGUCUAAUUUUAACAAUCUAACAAGCUGGAUAUAUCUGGCGUUUUUAACGUUUGAAACAUACGUUACCAAUGUUUCGUGCCUUAACGGAAUGAUGUGUAGUAAUGAUCAGUUUUGUUAAGAUAGUCUUCAAAUACAUUGCAACUUGAGAGGAAAAGGCGAAAAAAUAUAUCCUCCAGAUUUUCAGGAUUCAAUAUCGAAGCUUGAUGUGAAAUUUACGUUACGUAACUUACGUGACGGUCCUUUUGUAUUUGCCUCAUUAUCUCUUUCAUAUCGGUCUUACCUGAACAUAUUAGUCUCGAAAAACCAAAAACCACGCCAGCUACGUCAAAUACUCCCUAGCAACCGCAUUUUCUAAGAUAAAAUGGUGUCAAGCAUGUGCAUCAUCUAAAGACAACUGAUCGUUGAUCAUUGGUAAGUUAUAAUCUUUCUCUUUUUUUAGCUAAUAUUGUUACUUUAACAUCAGUUUUAUCCUCAAUUACUAUCUUAAGAAUGUCUAUUUGAACAUGGUGAAUGUAUUUUGUCCAUUUCAAGCGGAAUUUAAGUAAAUUAUGACAUAAAUCUAAGUGAUGCAAAAUGUAACGUACGUUUCACAUUGGCGACCUGCAAGCAUUUUGGAUAUUACUUUUAUAUGUCACACUAAUAGGUCGAUACAUCAGAAACACUUUGUAUUUUGCAUAAUGAACAACCGGAUGGAUAAUUUGUGCAGUGCUUAUCAUGUAUAACCUAAUUAUCUGUGAAAUUCAUUUUAUGAUUAUACGGUAAUCAUGAGUUAACUCAUUGCUGUUUUUCGAAGUAACGUAAGUUUCAUUUCUUUUCAUAUGAAUCAAUCAUCACAUGUGAUGUUGUUAUAAGAAUGAAAAAUGCGACAAAACAAUGCUAUUGUGAUAGAUAUAAGCCUAAAGCAUAGUGAUGAAUCUGUUAAAGGUCAUACGGGGGAAGUAAUUAUACUAGUUUAGAUUCCACAUGUACCCAAAUCAUUGGUAACGUAAGUUACAAAAUCUGAUUUAAUUGUUAAUUCCGUAUAUUCCUCAAAGGAAUCUCCGUCAUUGAUAUAAAUUUGAUAUACACGAUAUACUUACCAGGAAUAUUUGUCUUCCCCUUGUAGAUAAUUUUCUGAGCGAAAGACAUGGCAAAAACGAGAGCUGAAAUACAAGCUGCCUAUCGGGAGAGAAAACGCAAGAUAAUUGGAGAAAGGGCAUAUCUUGAACAUGAAAGGAGAAGAGUAAAAAAGUAUUACAUCCCAGUUGAGAAAUUGACAAAGACACAACUCAAGGAACGAAGACAGACAGUGAACAAAAGAGUGAAAAAACACAGAAAACGUGUCGCUGAAGUAUUGUCUAAAAUCAGGAAAGACUCGGACAAUCGAAAUGCCGUAGAUGUUGCUGACAAUGCUGAUGGUAACAGGAGUGCAUUGGAUGAAAGUGCCGACUCUGCUCUUUCCGACGUAUCUUUUGACAGGCCAACGACACGUUCAAGUGCAUCACUAGUAGUAAAAUUGCCCUUUGCCUUAAGAAAAUCUAGACGCAAGAGAAGAAGCAAGUGCUUAGACAAAGCUCAUAAGCGAAUAGAAAGUUUGACUCACCAGUUGAAAGCAGCGACAAAAACUAACAAGAGAGUUCAGAAGAGGUAUGAAAGGUUAUUGAAAAGGCAGACAGAUUCUCAUCUUACGACAAGCACGCCGGCAAACACACCUAAAUCGAAGAUGAAAUCGAUGUUGAAGAGAUGUGGUCUCCCUGAGAAGAGAUGCUCAAAGGAAAUCAAGAAACAUCUGUUGUUUUCUAAUGCAAUCUUGGUUGAAAUCCAAACUGCUUCACGCAAAAGGAAAACGAAAGAUUACCGGAGAAUGUUGCACAACGUUGUUGCGGGAUCUAGAGUCAUGAAGAAGUACAGGCUGUUGUCAUUCUUCCAAAAGUCAAGUGGACUGGGUCGACGAAACCUGACGAACGCUGGGAAAUCGGUUUGGUCAGGAGUGAAAACAAAGCCGAUAUGGACGAGUCUCCAUGAGGAAAUCAAAGCAUUCUUUGAAAGGGAUGAUGUGUCCCGGGUGAUGCCCGGUAAGAAGGACGCUUGUAAAGGUAAAGACGGAAUCAAGUUACAGAAGAGAUAUCUUUGUGACUAUGUCGGGAACCUGCAUGCAAAGUACAUCUCAGAAAACGCGGAGAAGCGGAAUGUCUCUCGGUCAGCAUUUCACCGAGUGCGUAAGAACCUGUGUUCUCAUAUCAAACUCGUCCAAUUUGCAUCCCGCAAUUCAUGUUUGUGCAAAAGACAUCAGAAUGUGGCGUUACAGCUGAAGGCUUUGAAAGCACUAAACUGCGUCAACACUACCAACCCUGACCAGUUCAUCAGAGACAAUGACGAUUCCGCUGUAGAUGCAGCCCUCAACAGUCUGCAGGCUGACGUCAACGUAGAUUUUGAGCAAUGGAAGAGAAGUCCAGAUGAUGAGGGAAGAAUUAAAACAAGACUGGUCAGAGUGUCUGCCACAAAAGAGGAUCUUCUUACCCAAUUUCCAAAGGAAAUUCAAGAGCUGCGUUCACAUGUUCGCCGUGUUCACAAUCAAUACGAAGCAAUGACAAAGUGUAAGGAAAAUCUAGCUGCUGAUCACUGUAUUGUACACAUGGACUUUUCUGAAAACUACGUUUGUGCUGCCGAAGAAGAAGUGCAAAGUGCAUAUUGGUCACAAGAGUCCGUGACCAUUCAUCCAAUCGUUGUAUAUUACCGUGAUGUCGAUGGCAAUCUGGUCCAUAGAUCUCUGGUUGCCAUUUCUGACGAGAGAGCACACAAUACUUCGACAAUCCUAGCAAUAAUAACAAAGGUUAUUCCACAGUUGCGAGAGAUGGUACCAACACUGUCGAAAGUGUUCUACUGGACGGACAGUCCUUCCUCCCAGUACAGGAACAAAACUAUGUUCGCUGUUGUAGGUGAGCACAGAGCUUUGUAUGGAAUAGACGCUCAGUGGGAUUAUUUCGAAGCGGGCCAUGGGAAAGGAGCCUGCGACGGCAUCGGCGGAACUGUCAAAAGACUCGCCGAUGAAGCCGUGAAGCGACGGGCUGCUGUGAUCAUGAACGCCCAUGAUUUCUUUGCUUGGGCUUCCCAAGAGCGUCAUGAUAACCCCAGCAAUUACAAGAUCACAUACUUCUUCAUAACCAAGAAGGACUGUUCGGAUUGUGCUGAGAUCAUAGCCCAAAAGUGGUCUUGUCUUAAGAGUGUAAAGGGCACGAUGGACAUUCAUUCUGUCAUCGGAAUGGGAUCUGAAGACUUGCAUGUACUUCUGAGGAAUACUUCGUGCUUCUGUGAGAAGUGUGUGGUGAAGGAUGGUGAAUACGAUGUAAAUCUCAUGUGCAGCGGAUGGAGACGUGAGCACCUUUCCCGACGCGGUGCUAGAAGUUCUGAAUGUGAAAGAGCACCUACCACGAGCAAACGCAAAGUGAAGCCAGUUCAAAUACAAUUCGACACUGAUGACUGGGUGGCAGCUAUGUAUGCUGAAAAGUGGUACAUCGGCAAGGUCCUUCAAACCGACAAAAAUGAUGUACACAUUGAUUUCAUGAAAAGCAGCGAGAAAUUCCCUGACCUGUUUAAGUGGCCUUCGGUAUCAGACAAGAUAUGGGUAUCCAGAGACAAAAUGCUCUGCCAUAUUACACCUCUGAAGCGCUCGACGUCAUCUAAACGCCUGUUUGAACUAUCAGAUGGAGACAGGCGAUCGAUUGAGAAAGAAAAAGACCUGUACAUGUCUCGUCUUAAGUAGAAUCAGUGAAGAAAACUGCCAAACGAACAAGUUGCAACAGCUUUGGGUUUUGUGUGUUUGUUUUUCUAUACAUUGUGUGCGGGUUUUUGACAUGUUAUACUUGAGUGUUGCCAAAUGACAUUGUUAUACAAAUAAAUCUCAGUAAUGAUGCAUGAUGUUAUAUUCCCACUCUAUCAACUCAAUAUACGGUUAUGAAAUAUGAAUUGAUACAAGAAUUUAAAAUUCGUUUUAUGUGUCUUCUCACCGCAUAACCCAUUACAUAAAUGCCAAAUUUUUGUAAAAUAAGAUCUUUCAUUCAUUUGAAAUUGACCCUUUCAUUGGAGUCCUGCAGGUUAUGUGAACAAUUAUUGUUGUUCUAAGAGAACAUCUUGUUUUGCCAUAUCUUUACAGUUCGUUAUGUUAUGUGUACUGGUAACACAUUGCAUUUGUAUUAUAUCAUGAAGGUUGUGUUAUCAUCUUAAUCCUAUUCAGUUAAAUGUGAAACAUACGUUACUAGCUACGAUGUCUUCAAUAUGUAUUUGUUGCUUCUUAGUUAAUAAAGAACGUAAACUUGUGUGAUAUUACAAAUACGUGAGUAUAUGUAUGGAUCAUAGUAUAUGCCUUCUAAACAUGAAAUUCUGACUAGUUGAGAUUUUAGCUUCAGAAAGCUGUUCGUUUUUUUUGUAACAUGAAUGAUUUUAUGCUCUCAAAACUAAAUGUCGAGGGUUUAAAAGGUUGUGUUUGAAUCCGGGUAAAGUAUUAAGUCUGUUGUUAUUGAAAAUUCAUUGUAUAGUGAAUAAAGUAUCGUGUGUUUUGUUCCGGAAUUUGUUUUGCCAUCCCUUUGGAAUUGGAAACAUACGUUACUUGAAUUUGAAACUUACGUUACCGUUAUUCUACAACGGUUUUUCAUGUUCUAUUACUUGUUUGCAUUGUCAGCCUUACAUUUCCAAGGUGCUUACAAGCAUCGAGGUAGAUUGUCAGCCUUUUAAUUAGCACAUCGUUUCUGUGCAGAGUUUUAUUAAAAACAAUCAAGUGUAUCAUCCUUUACAGAAACGGUUCGUUCAUUUCGCCAAAGGCAAUUAUGUCCUGUAUUUUAACAGUUUCAAGGAUUGUCCAAGUUUUAAUGAGAUGUACGAAAAACAUUAUUCGCACUUUUAUUAACAAUGUACAAUUAAUAGACCAAAAAUUAAAGGUUGAAUUGUAGCAACUGUUUUUGUAACCAAGUUCUUAGUAACGUAAGUUACACUUUUAAAUUUAGGAUACUCUAUUCAAACCUCUGUACUGACAUUAAUUGUUAUAGAUAAAUGACCCGACUUAAGGAAUAUCUUUGGAAAGUUGUUCACUUUGUUUUGACAUUAAAAUAAACAUCCUUUACAGAACUUCAUUUUUCAUUUUUUUCUUCUUUCCAUUUGCGCCUAUGUAGUGGGAUUGAGCCUUUUAUGGCAUCAAAAUAAUCAUUAAUUAGAUUUAUAAAAAAAACCUUUAAAAUCUGAAAAAUAUUAACCGUGCUUUAUCAAGCUGUGUUGACUUGUGUAAAACGCAGAGUAUAUAACACCACGAAUGUAUUACUAUGAGGAGGGUUUUUGGCUGAAAUUAUUCUACAAGUAAGUUUUAUCUCUGGAAUAGUUGUGGGUAUAGCCCUUAUUUGCGUUAGCAACCUUUAUUUUGUUUACAUUAUGCCCGGAAUUCAUGUCAUUUUCAUGGAAUGGGAGGGGAUUCGUCCUCGCUGUGCAAAAGCGAACGGCAAUGUACACCCAUACGGUGCGCUACGACGACUGCGCGGUAUAAAAAUGACAGUUUUUUAACAGGUUUUUGGGGUGUUGUGUCAAGUAAAAUCGGCUCUAACAUGAAAACGGGCAGCUAAAUUUGGUAUCGAUUUAAAGCUUAGACAUCGGGAAAAAUUAUGCUUAUAGAAUUUAGACGGAAAUCUAAACGUUUCUAAUGUAAAUGCGAAAAACAUGGAUUUUCAGCCUAUUUCGAGGAAUAAUUAUCCUAUAAACCUCCUGAAAGGUGUCUUUUAUCUACUUUGAACCCUUUUACACGAAAAAAGAAUAUAUCAGGAUUAUGUGGGAGCCAUUUCAGAUCCCUACAUGAAAAGCCUCCUGUGAAAUGGCCUGUUUUUCAACUAGGUUGUCAUAUACGCGACAUUUCGCAAAAUGUCACAUUUUACGAUUUGAGUUAGGAAAUUAACAACCUUUAUGCAAAUUCCGGAAUGAAAUAUUUUGCUGAAGUAUUGUUCAAAGUGUUGUCUUUCAGUUGGGCAUGACAAAAAUUAAAAAUCUGAAAUUGCCCAAAAUGACUUUUGGCGCACUUUUGUUUCGCCCCGGCCCACUGUGCGGCGGCGAGACAAAAAUGAAUUUCUAGAUCCGUCUGGUUUGACUUUUUUUCUACAAAGAAUUAAGUUAAAGGUCAAGUCCACCCCAGAAAAUAGUUUAUUUGAAUAAAUAGAGAAAAAUCAAACAAGAAUAACGCUGAAAACUUCAUCAAAAUCGGAUGUAAAAUAAGAAAGUUAUGACAUUUUAAAGUUUCACUUAUUUUUCAGAAAACAGUUAUAUGCACAAUUCAGUGAUAUGCAAAUGAGAGAGCCGAUGAUGUCACUCACUCACUAUUUCUUUUGUUUUUUAUUGUUUGAAUUAUAAAAUAUUUCAAUUUUUACGAAUUUGACAAAUAGGACCCUCUUCUUUGAACCACAAAAUGUUAAAAUAAUGGAAUCUCACAUGUUCAGGGAGAAAUGAUUUUUUUUUUCACAUGGCAAUGAGGAGAAAAUUAAAAUAUUUCAUAUUUCACAUAAUAAAAUACAAAAGAAAAUGUUGAAUGAGUGAUGUCAUCAGUCCCCUCAUUUGCAUACUGACCAGGAUGUGCAUAUAACUGUUUUGUGAAAUUAAGCAAAACUUUAAAAUGCCAUUACUUUCUUAUUUUAGAUCGGAUUUUGAUGAAAUUUUCAGCGUUAUGCUUGUCUGAUUUUUCUCUUUCUAUUCAAAGCAGCUUUUUGUUGGGGUGGACUUGUCCUUUAACUUUAUUCUAGUCCCUGCCUGGACCGUUGGACUAAAAUUAUAAUUAGCCUUACAUAACGGAGUUAAAUGAUUCUUAUUUUGGGGGGCCAACAUAUCUUUGUCAGGUUUCAAACUGCUCAAUUAUUGUAUACCAUGAGUGUGCAAUUUUUAUGGGAAGGGUUGAGAAAAUUUAUAGUGCCCCAUUUUGAAUUUCAUAAGUAUAAGAUAUAUUAGAGGGGCUAAUCUAAUUGAUUUAUCUUUAUUGUCCUCCUCACUUUACCUUAUUUAUGGUGAAAGGCAAAAGGUCAUUUAAACUUGCGAGCAAGCUAACCUUUUUUUUUUAUCAAAAUCAAACUUAGACUUAGAGAUUAACAUGUUUAUAGACGAGUGCAAAAAUUAAAUAAUUGUCUCGCACUGAUGAAUGAGCGAGAGCCAAAUUAUCACACAAAUAAUAAUUAUCCUACAUCUGUCAAAGCUGGCUUGGUGUAUACAGUGCGUAUCAAAAAAAAGUUUACACUUAGAAAAAAUCAUGUAAAAUUAUACAUUUAUAAUAUCCUGAAGAUUUUUCCACAUUUUAACAUUGGUACAGAUCCAUUUAAGCAAAUGACGUCGUAGCUGUCGAAAAAUAUUUCCGCUUGAGUGAGCACCACUUACUUUUGAAAAGUUAAUGAAAAAUGAUUUGCGCAGAACUUUGAAAUAGUUAUGCAAAUAAAAGUAGACCAUAAUCAUGAAGAACAAGUUGAAUUUAGCUAGUAAAAUUGGUUUGAAGAUAUCUUUUACCUUUUUAACUUGUUUCCUUGCCCAAAACACUUCGAAGAGUCCAUUGCGCCCCACCCCACUCCCCCACACACAGAGGCCAUCGUGACGAUAUUUGCUUUACACUGAGCUGUGAUUUACAUGAAAUGGCUUAGGCUUGAUUUUCAUUUUGUUAAUCAUUGUCAAGCUUGGAAAAAGUGUGGAGAAACAAGUAUUAAAUGAAAAAUAAAAAUGUAAACCCACUUUAAAUGAUAAAAACUUAGUGAAAAAAUGCUGGAGAUGUCUGAUAUACAUUACGUCAAACCCCCGUUUGGAGAAAGACCGCAGUUCAGAUUGCAAACUGCGGUUCUAUACCCCAUUUUGCGUUUGUAAAUCCCAAAAUCAUUUCCAAGCCCAGGGGGCCGUUUCAUAAAGCUGCUCGUAAGUUAAGAGCGACUUUAAGAACGACUGGUAUCCUUUCUCGCGCGCUAGAUCUUCGCCAAUGGUGUGUCCCAUUUACCGCAAGACAGGAUCACCAGUCGCUCUUUAUUUACGAACAGCUUUAUGAAACACCCGCCUGAUCAAUCCCGCUAGGCCAGGUAAUCCCCGCUGUCUCAAUUUUACCUCCACAGGCCAGAUUAUGAGCGUUGAGCCAAGGACGAAAUGAUAAACAACAGCUGUGCUAUUACGUAAGACUUCUCUGCCUGUAGUAGGACCUUCGGAAUGAAAUUAUUGUAUUCGAUAUUUAAUCACGUUUUCAAAUGCAUAUUGUAUUCAGAAAUCCAAUGUUAGUCCAUUUUCAAGUUCGAACGAAGAAAAUCGACCUCGAAAUAAGGAAAGUAAGUGAAUUAAAAUGACGGCAUGCUUUGCUCGGGCUGUUGUGUUAUCUUCGGACCGAGGUCAAGAAACAGGUGUUUUGAUACUUAAA